UGCUGAGGCGGUGGCGGCGCUGCCGGCCCCGGGCCGCUUCGCUUCUCUGCUAGCCACCCAGCCUCGCCUGAGCCCGCCGGGGCCUGCGCCGGCCAGCGCCUGCCCUAUGAGUGUGUCACUGGUUGUCAUCCGACUGGAGCUAGCCGAACAUUCGCCCGUCCCCUCCGGCUUUGGCUUCAGCGCCACCGCUGGGGAAAUGUCUGAUGAGGAGAUCAAAAAGAAGACAUUAGCUUCAGCUGUAGCCUGUUUAGAAGGGAAGUCACCAGGGGAGAAAGCAGCAAUCAUCCAUCAGCAUCUUGGCCGUCGAGAAAUGACAGAUGUGAUUAUUGAGACCAUGAAGUCCAACUCAGAUGAGCUAAAAGCUACAAUGGAAGAAAGGAAGUCUUCAGAAGCAUCCCCCACUGCACAGAGAAGUAGAGAUCAAAGUAAAGAAUGCAUAAACACUGCUCCCGAUUCUCCAUCCAAACAGCUUCCAGACCAGAUUUCGUUCUUCAGUGGAAAUCCAUCAGUUGAAAUAGUUCAUGGUAUUAUGCAUUUAUACAAGACAAAUAAGAUGACCUCCUUAAAAGAAGAUGUGAGGCGCAGUGCCAUGCUGUGUAUUCUCACAGUCCCCGCUACAAUGACCAGUCAUGACCUCAUGAAGUUUGUCGCCCCAUUUAAUGAAGUAAUUGAGCAAAUGAAAAUCAUCAGAGACUCUACUCCAAAUCAAUAUAUGGUGCUGAUGAAGUUUAGUGCACAGGCUGAUGCAGAUAGUUUUUAUAUGGCAUGCAAUGGCCGCCAGUUCAACUCAAUAGAAGAUGAUGUUUGCCAGCUGGUCUAUGUGGAAAGGGCUGAAGUGCUAAAAUCUGAAGAUGGUGCCAGCCUCCCAGUGAUGGACCUGACAGAGCUCCCCAAGUGCACGGUGUGUCUGGAGCGCAUGGACGAGUCCGUGAAUGGUAUUCUCACCACGUUAUGUAACCACAGCUUCCACAGCCAAUGUCUGCAGCGCUGGGAUGACACAACGUGUCCCGUUUGCCGGUACUGUCAAACACCAGAGCCAGUAGAAGAAAAUAAAUGUUUUGAGUGUGGUGUUCAGGAAAACCUUUGGAUUUGUCUGAUAUGUGGCCACAUAGGAUGUGGACGAUAUGUAAGUCGACAUGCUUAUAAGCACUUUGAGGAAACGCAGCACACAUAUGCCAUGCAGCUCACCAACCAUCGAGUCUGGGACUAUGCUGGAGAUAAUUAUGUCCAUCGACUCGUUGCAAGUAAAACAGAUGGAAAAAUAGUACAGUAUGAAUGUGAGGGUGAUACUUGCCAGGAAGAAAAAAUAGAUGCCUUACAGUUAGAGUAUUCAUAUUUACUGACAAGCCAGUUGGAAUCUCAGCGAAUCUACUGGGAAAACAAGAUAGUUCGGAUAGAGAAGGACACAGCAGAGGAAAUAAACAACAUGAAGACCAAAUUUAAAGAAACAAUUGAGAAAUGUGAUAAUCUGGAGCACAGACUAAAUGAUCUCCUAAAAGAAAAGCAGUCUGUGGAAAGAAAGUGCACUCAGCUAAACACAAAAGUGGCCAAACUCACCACCGAGCUCAAAGAGGAGCAGGAAAUGAACAAGUGUUUGCGAGCCAACCAAGUCCUCCUGCAGAACAAGCUGAAAGAGGAGGAGAGGGUCUUGAAGGAGACCUGCGACCAAAAAGAUCUGCAGAUCACUGAGAUCCAGGAGCAGCUGCGCGAUGUCAUGUUCUACCUGGAAGCGCAGCAGAAGAUCAACCACUUGCCUGCCGAGACCCGGCAGGAAAUCCAGGAGGGACAGAUCAACAUCCCCAUGGCCUCGGCCUCAAGCCCUCCCUCUUCAGGGAGUAGUGGGAAGCUGCCCUCCAGGAAGGGCCGCAGCAAGAGGGGCAAGUGACCUUCAAAGAAACAGACUUCUCUGAGACUGUUUUCCUGGCACUGCAAGGGUAUGCCAGGACCUUCAGCUAAAUGUGAGGGUGGGCCCUAAUAAGUACAAGUGAGGAUCAAGCCGUAGUCGUUUGGCUCUUUCAUUUGCUAGUGUGUGGUGUAAUGAAUUUAGAGGGUGCUGACUAGGAGUGCUGAUGGAAAUGGGCAGUAUUCUAAAAGGUUAUAGUUCGCUAACCUCAGACAUUCUAAUGACCAUUUUGCCUUCCUGCUUGGUAGAUGCCCCAACUCUGCUGUUCAUUUUUCCAUUGUAUUUAUUGAGUUGGUGUAUUUGAUAUUCAGUUCUGGGGUAGGUUUAAGAUAUUAAGGUUUUGGGGGGGUUUUUUGUAGCCACAGGUAACAUUAGCACUAGAGCAAGCACCUAACCUCCCUGAAGUCACAGCAGCUGCUUUAAAGAAAGAUUCCCAUUGGCUACUGAGGAGUUGUGAAAAUUCCUUAGUAUUAGUCUCAUAUCAUUGUCAUCCCUUCCUUUCUCUGAGGAGUUGGAUUGUUUGAAUGUUUUAUGAAAAGAAGUUGGGUUGUAAACCAGGCACUAGCUUGUCACCAGCAGCCAUCUCUUCUUGCUGUAGGGCUAGCCAGGAAAAACAAACAACCCAGAGCAUACCGAGUAGGCCCAGUGUAGGAAAAAUGGUGGCAGUUCCAGUUUGUUUAUUUUCAGUGACUCCACACGUCAUUAUGAACCUCAAAUAAGAAGGCUUAAUGGCUGCUCCAAGACUCCAAUCUCAGAGUGGAUUUCCUAGCUUCUAGCAAGAAUAAGCAGGGAGAUUUAUCAUCUAUGUGAAAUGUAGAGUGAGGCCUCUGACUAGCUAAUUGUGUAUUUUGCUGGGAUCAGUAUUUUCUGAAUGUUUAACAAAAGAUUGGGCUGCACGUUCAGGUUGCAGCUAGAGGGAGCUUGGGCAGAUUUUCAAUUACGCUUUCAAGAUAUAACCAAAGGCUUUUUCUAAACCCUAAAAUUAGAAUUUCAACAGAGCCCCCUUUAAAACACUAGUAAUGCUUGUUGUGGGCCUGUAGAAGGGCUGUGUACUUUCUCCAGAACCGUAAAUGUCAAAACAAUUUGUAACAUGCAGUUAUUGAGCAAAAUUAAAGUAAGUUGGAAUUUAGCUUCUGCAAGAGGUAGCUGGAUAAGUUAACAAGACUACUGUCAAAUGAUGGGUUUUGUUUUCUGCUUUAUAAUUAGCCAAAGGUUUCAAGUUAUUACAUUUUGGAAUUUUUUGUUAGCCCGUGAUCAGGACUCAUCCCCUUUGACCUAAAUGUCUUACAUGUUACUUGUUUACACAUCUAUGGUAUCAUUAAUCACCAUCCAUUUUUAUGGGAUGUGCUUCAGCCUUUCCCAAAAAACCUUACCUGUAACUUUGCGAAAUGAAUGUACUCAGACAUUCUUAAUUUUUCUUAGGGCGGACCAACUCUGUAAGUCCUUCUUGGACUUCUAUAUACAGAUAUCUUAAAGCAAGAGUGGGAAUGUAAAGCAUAACCUAAUUCUCUUUCCUAUAGAGAUUCUAUUUUAUUUAAAAUCUAUUUUUACACUAGUUAGAAUCCUGCUGUUUUGGCCAAGUACUUGUCUUGCAUGUCUGACGUUGCAGAAGCUGGGGUGGAUCGGAGCAUACUAAUGAAGAGAAUUUGAAGUAGUUUACGAAGCUUGCUUGCUCCUCACUUCCCAAUAAUCUUCCAUCAAGCAGCCCUACCACCAGCUGGGAAGACAGAGAUUAUCAGCACAGGUGGGAUAAAUACUCUGAAAGGCUGUGCCCAGAGGAAUGAGCAAAUGGGCAAAUGUUUCCAAACUACUUGAAGGUUUAAAAAACGUUUCAGGAAAAAAAAUCUUACCAAAAUAUGUAAAGAAGAUGUUUUUAGAAAACAGUCAAAGAGUCAUGUUUGAAUUUAACAAAUUUACAUAAGGUAGAAGCUGUUAGUGUUUUCUUCAGGAUGGAAAUGAACCACUUAAUAUACGCAUACUACCUUGAACAAUGAAAUUGCAUUAAAACAGCCAAACUUUGAACUUA